AUGGUGACGAAGCUAAAAGAGCAGAACGGUAGUCUUCUUCAGGACGAUCCCGUGGAGAAGACAAAGUCUCUGAUCUCUGCGCUCAACUACGUUUCUCGCGAUCUCCUCUUGCCUUUUCACCUUUACGAUUCCGUUUCUUCCAUCUACCAUGGCUCGCUCUCCGAUGCCUCUCCUCCUCCUCCGGAAAAAAUUUUGACUCCCUAUGGAGGUGAUUUGAUGAGCGAGUUCGAAGAUGCACUUUCGAAGCAGCGACAAAACUAUGAAUCAGCCUCUCGAUUGACCGAAUUAGAGGAGAUUCGGCGUAUUAGUCAUAUCCAACACCGAUUAUCUCAACUUGAAGGAUUACCUUCCACUAGAGGCCAAGAAUUGCAAGAAAAAUGCUUAUUUGAACUUUAUGACCUUAAGCUACGAGAACUACAACGCAAGGUUCGAGCUGAGGUGAGCUCGGAAUACUGGCUGCGUUUGAAUUGUGCGCGUCCCGAUAGCCAACUGUAUGAUUGGGGCAUGAUGCGGUUGCCUCGCCCGCUUUAUGGGGUUGGAGAUCCUUUUGCUAUGGAAGCUAAUGAUCAUUUCAGAAACAAGCGUGAUGCCGAGAGGUUAUUACGAUUGCAAGAAGAGGAGAAGAAUCUGAUUGAAACGACACAGAGGAAAUUCUUUGCAGAAGUGCUCAAUGCUGUUCGUGAAUUCCAGUUGCAGAUUCAGGUGUCUCAGAGACGCCGUAAGCAAAGAAAUGAUAGUGUCCAGGCCUGGCAUGGAAGGCAAAGGCAACGCGCUACACGAGCUGAGAAACUAAGGAUCAUGGCGCUUAAAUCUGACGAUCAAGAGGCAUACAUGAAACUAGCAAAGGAGAGUAAGGACGAAAAACUAACCCUGUUUCUAGAGGAGACAAAUAACAUCCUAGUUAGUUUGGGAGCUGUAGCCCAGCGUCAGAAAGAUGCUAAACUUUCAGAAGGCAUCAACAUACUGAAAGGCUCAGAUUCUGACUUAUCUGAAGUUGAUUCUCCCGAGGAUGUGCAUCCUGACCAAGAUAUUGAGAUCAUUGAGUCUGACAAUAAUGACGACUCUAAUGACUUACUAAAAGGCCAGAGGCAGUAUAACUUGGCUAUCCAUUCGAUACAAGAGAAGGUGACAAAGCAGCCGUCCCUUUUUCAAGGUGGGGAACUAAGAUCUUACCAAUUAGAAGGGCUUCAAUGGAUGGUCUCUCUAUACAACAACGACUAUAAUGGAAUUUUAGCUGAUGAGAUGGGUUUGGGAAAGACUAUCCAAACAAUUGCACUGAUUGCUUAUCUUCUUGAGAAUAAAAAUGUGCCUGGGCCUCAUCUCAUAGUGGCUCCUAAAGCUGUUCUACCAAAUUGGGAAAAUGAGUUUGCAACAUGGGCACCCAGCAUUGUCGCUUUUCUUUACGAUGGAUCCAAAGAGAAAAGGAAUGAAAUAAAAGCAAGAAUAGCAGAAGAAGGAAAAUUCAACGUGUUGAUGACCCACUACGAUUUUAUCUUGAAAGAUAAAGGAUUUUUGAGGAAAAUUGACUGGAAUUACAUAAUUGUUGAUGAAGGACAUCGGUUGAAAAACCAUGAAUGUGCUCUCGCAAGGACUCUAGUAACAGUCUACCGUAUUAAGCGCAGGCUUUUAUUAACUGGCACGCCUAUACAGAACAGUCUACAAGAACUAUGGUCGCUGCUUAAUUUUCUCCUUCCUCAGAUUUUUAACUCGGUUCAGAAUUUCGAAGAAUGGUUUAAUUCUCCUUUCGCAGAACGUGGUAAUGCCAGUCUUACAGAUGAAGAGGAGCUUUUGAUUAUUAAUCGUCUGCAUAUGGUCAUAAGGCCGUUUCUACUGAGAAGGAAAAAAAAAGAAGUUGAGAAAUUCCUUCCCGGAAAGACACAGGUCGUACUGAAGUGUGAUAUGUCAGCUUGGCAAAAACUGUAUUACAAACAAGUUACAGACGUAGGCAGGGUUGGCCUUCAUACGGGGAAUGGAAGAUCAAAGAGUCUGCAGACUCUGUCAAUGCAAUUAAGAAAGUGUUGUAACCAUCCCUACCUAUUCGUUGGAGGAGACUAUGACAUGUGGAAGAAGCCAGAGAUUGUAAGAGCUUCAGGGAAAUUCGAGCUCCUUGAUCGCCUCCUUCCUAAACUAAAAAGAGCUGGACACAGAAUUCUUCUCUUCUCUCAAAUGACUCGUCUCAUCGACCUUCUCGAAAUUUACUUGACACUCAAUGACUACAAGUACCUCCGACUAGACGGUACCACAAAGACAGACCAAAGAGGGAUUUUACUGAAGCAAUUCAACGAACCGGACUCUCCUUACUUCAUGUUUCUUCUGAGCACACGUGCCGGUGGUCUUGGAUUGAACUUGCAAACUGCAGACACUGUUAUUAUAUUCGACAGUGAUUGGAAUCCACAAAUGGACCAGCAGGCAGAGGAUCGAGCCCAUCGGAUAGGGCAGAAGAAGGAAGUGAGAGUGUUUGUUUUGGUGAGCAUUGGGUCCAUUGAAGAAGUGAUAUUGGAGCGUGCAAAGCAAAAGAUGGGCAUUGAUGCCAAAGUCAUACAAGCAGGACUUUUCAACACAACAUCAACAGCUCAAGACAGGAGGGAGAUGCUGGAAGAGAUCAUGAGCAAAGGAACGAGCUCACUGGGGACGGAUGUACCGAGUGAAAGAGAGAUUAACCGGCUCGCAGCUCGAACUGAUGAUGAGUUUUGGAUGUUUGAACAAAUGGACGAGGAAAGACGUCAAAAAGAGAACUACAGGACACGUCUCAUGGAAGACAAGGAAGUUCCUGAAUGGGCUUUCACUUCACAGACUCAAGAAGACGAGUCUAAGACUUCGAAAUGCCAUUUUGGUAGCGUCACGGGCAAGCGGAAACGAAAAGAAGCAGUGUACAGCGACUCGUUAAGCGAAUUGCAGUGGAUGGAAGCGAUGGAGAGUGAAGAAGAAGAUGGUUCAAAAGUCUCUCAGAAACGAAGGAGCGAAGAAGAGGAAAGAAUGGAGAGCGGGAUACAGAGUGAAGAAGAAAAUGAGAAGAGACCAAUAUUCAGUUGGAAUACUCAUAAGAAGAAAAGGUCAAGAUACUCUUUUAUGACUUCUUUUAGAGGUAAAAGAAGCUCAAACGGAAGUAGACGAAACUGAGAAGAAGUUUCUUCAAAUAUUAGACAUUUUUGAGUUUGGUCCUUUCCUCAACUUGUCUUAGUACAAUAUUUUUGUUUUUUGUUU